AUGUCCGACUAUGCAGAGAAGGUGCACCGGCGUCGCCCCCAUGCCACCUUGGCAUGCUACAUGUGCCGCAAGCGCAAAAUCAAGUGCGGCCGCGAACUGCCACACUGCAUGAUAUGCAAAGAAACCUCGCAAGAAUGUAUUUACCCAACAAAACCAAUGAGACCUGGCCCAAAGAUAGGCAGUACCCACGCCACCGCUCAAAAGCGGCAGCUUGGAAGAGAGAGUCAAGAGAAAAGUGCUCAAGAACGACGCAACGUGAGGAUCGAACCACGAAGGACGACACAAACGAGCACAAUCGACGACUAUAGCUCCCCUUCCUCGGUACCAUCCCAGUCGUCACAAAAAGCUUCGCGACCAGACAAUGUGCAGAGCCUUUCGUUCGUUCUCCACCCCACCGUUGGCAAUUGCUCGCCAGACCAGACUGAUGCCACUCAAUAUUUCGAAGACACGGAUAGUGGUUACACCGAUGCACUUAUGACGAGCUGCAAAUCCUUGGGCUUGACUUUACUACAAUUGAACACACUACUUCCGCGAUACUUCGAGACGUUCACAUCGUUCCAACUCUUCCGGCUGACGGUCCUCCGGACGAAACUAAGACAGAUCCCCACUGCGACUCAAAGAACCGCACUUUUGGCGGCCAUGCUCGCGUUCGGGCUCAAGGGGCUCGAUAAAGAAGACCUGGAAAACGUCGCACAGGAACAGAUUCUCCCAGACUCGACAGAGGUACCAAGCAUCUAUUUCCGGGCGCUCGGAAUCAAAUACGUGGAACAGGCCAUUGCAGAACUCGGCGACGAACCGUUGUCCCUUCCUCUCUUGCAAGCAAUGAUCUUGAAUACACAUUGCCUGCUCGUCCAAAAUGUCAGAGGAAAAGCGUGGAGGUAUCUAGGGACUUGUAUCCGAACCGCCUAUGAAUUGAACCUUCACCUCAUCGACGCGGACAAGCAAAGCCAUGAACAUAUCGCAAAUGUAGAGAAAUGGUGCAUCGAAGAAGAAUGGCGUCGUGCCUGGUGGGCGAUUUGGGAGAUGGACGUAUUCGCCAGUGUUAUUCGUCGCUGCCCGGCCGGAAUUGACUGGACCCAGAACGAGACUUUCCUACCGGCCGAAGAUGAGAGAUGGUAUCGUGGUGAACCACAGCAGAGUUGUUGCUUGGACGUCAACGUCACCACUCGAUGGAAGGCGCUGGCCGCCACCAAAAACCGAUCGCCUUGCGCGUGGUUCAUCCUUCUCAAUUCGCUCAUGAAAGACGCCCAAAACAUCUCCAGUCCAACCGGCAUUGACAAACCUCACCUGUCAGAUCCUGCAUUGUCGCAAGAAGCAGGUGACGGUGUGAUUGACGAGCACCAGAGGCUAAUCCUCCAGAAGAAAGCGGCGGCCACAAAGCGCCUGAGUAUCAUCUCCAAUGCUCUGUAUUGCGCAGUCAUGGCACUUCCCGAAGAACACAAGUACCACGGUCAACAUCUCAAUUUUGGUGGCGUGGAUCUCCAGCGGCCGGGCGCCGUGGCACAGCGGCUUGCGCACAACUUCAUCUACAGCAUUUAUUUCAUGACUCAACUGACAAAACUCAUGAUUCUGAAGUUCCACGUCUUCCGCUCGGGGAUCAACUGGACUCUUCACAAAACGCCGGACCACCCUGCCGCCGACUUCGAACCACAACAUCUGUUGCAAUAUUUCGAGGCAGCAGAUAAUGUGGUCAGCAUGAUCCGAGACUCUGCAGAGGAUCACUACAAACAUGUCAAUCCGUUCCUCGCCAGCACUGCAUGGCUCGCUGGAGCUGUCCAGCUGCUGCGUCGUAGCCGACUGUCAGAUGACGACCCGGACCGGGAUCUAGUCACCUCCAAUUUCGAGCUGGUGCGUCUGACAUACGAGAAAACGGUGGAUUUCUGGAAUAUGCCACGAGUGCCGUUACAUAAUUGGGAAAUGCUCGACAGCGGGCUCGAGGGCAUCAUCGGAAAGUCGCGGGGUCCGCAAGCAACAAUGCACGCUGAAGCGACAUCAAACACCGCAGUCGAUCGCAAUGGUGUCAAUGAUAACUCGGGGUGCUCUACAAGUGACGGUGGGAUGAGAGAUGGCCUGACGGAGACAUCUUCAAGCAUUUAUCAUAACGCAACGUUUUCCACCUUGUCGCCACCGCAGUACCAGCACCAGCCACACGCGCCGUUCUUGUCGACGUCACGCCACUUGUACCGGCUGGCGGCGCCGCCACCCCUGGUAGGACACCCUCCGCAUCAUGAGCCCAAUCUCAGCAUCAGCAUGACCACAUUGGAUGCGGGUGCUGGAGCGGAGGGAGUGCCUUCAUUCCCAAGUACCGAUGUUCCCGUUGCCGCGUUCUCGCCGACGUGUCUGGACGCCAUGCCGUUUGCAGUGGACCGGGACAUGAACAUGGAUUUCUCUAGCUACCUCGACGAGAUGUUCUCGGGCUCGUAUUUGCCAUGAGAGCGAAAUGCGAAAAACGAGAGGAGAAACAGUGCGUGAAAUGGGGACUGUCUCUACCACACUACGGGUCGACUGAACAGCCCUGUUUGAGUUGUUACGAGGCAAUGCGUGACGGUUCUAAGACGCUCCUUCGUUUGAUCGACCGUCGGCCUCUUCAGGUGGCCUAUACGACCAAUCAUGUUCUUACCCUCCCACCACCAUUGGGAUUUCGCCCUCUUUACGGAGAACGAGCAUGAUUACUGGGAGAUCGGCAAGGAGCACCUAGACGAGUGAUUCCAAAAAGGAGUGACGAUUGAAAUUGCUGUUUAGUCCGCCUAGAAUCGCCAUCGAUACCUUAUGUCCUACUUCUUCGCGUCGGCCUCCAUUCCGUGUCUGAUCCAGGCCUCGUUCGUUUUCAGAUAGGCGUUGAAGGCCUGCUUAUCCUUGGACAAGGUGUCCAAGUCGACCUUUUUGGGCGAAUUAUACCCCUUCUGCACGGCCGGCCGCUGGGCCAUGCGCUGCUGCCACUCUCGGACGUGCGGGAACUCGUCGAUCUCCACGCCAGCGAACCCUGUGUUUGGAGCCCUUGGAUUAGCAUUACUGUUGGUACCACAGAGAGAUCGCAGGGAAACAAGACACGCACCGAGAAUGUUGGCCCAGGAAGAGAUGGCGAUGUCGGCAAUGGUGGGCCUGUCGCCGACCAGGUACGGGGACGCCGAGUCUUGGAAGUGCUUGUCGAGCGUGCGAUACAGGCGGCGGGUCUCGUUGAUGUAUCGGUCCUUGGAGUACUGCUCGGGCAGAUCGGACAGGUUGUAUCGCAGGAAGUGGUUGGCCUGGCCCUGCAUGGGGCCGAUGCCCGCGUUCUGGAAGAAGAGCUGCGCGGUGGUUGCAGGUAAGUAUUUUCCGGAGACCAACAGGAACUGCAAAAGCGAGAAGGCAUACCCAGUUGUUGGUCUGGUAGAACUCCUUGGUGCCCCGCGGGUAGGAGAUCUUGUGUGCCGUGUCGUACCGGUCCACCAGGUACUGCUGGAUGCUGCCCGACUCAAACAGCUUGAUCGACGUGCCGUCCUCCAACGUGUCGGUCAGGGCGGGGAUGCGCCCGUUGGGAUUGAUGUCCAG